GCGGAGUUAAGUAGGGUGUAAUAGUUGCUCCUAAUUUUCAAAUCAGAACAGGCCGGAAUUUUCCAAGAAACAAUAUUGCCUGACGACUGAAUAAAUUUAAGAAAAUUUUGAAAAUGACUUCUAAAUAUUUAUUUUGCACAUUGCUAUUAUUACAGGAGCAUCUAUUUGCGAGUGCUGGUUACUAUCAGGAUCCUCAAAUGGGUCGUUUACACCGAUCUGGGCAUUUCCAGAAGCGAAUGGUACCGAAGCAAUUCAGCGACCUCUCGGCACUUGAAUCAUCAUCUUCCGAAGUAGGGGGAGGCUGUCAAAACAGAAUGUCUUCGGGGUCCAUUAAGCAAAAAGCAUCGAGCAUUGCACAAAAGGCGGCCCAGGAAGCUAAAGCUGCAUCAGAUGCCCAAACAGUUGCGGGCCAACAGGCAGCUCAUCAAGUCAAAGCACAACUUGCUGAAAAGGCUCUGCAAGCAGCUAAGGCCGCUGAAGCCGCAUUAGCUGGCAAACAAGCAAUCGUCGAACAAUUGGAACAGGAAGUUCGGGAAGCUGAAGCGGUAGUCCAAGAGGAAAGUGCGUCGUUGCAACAGGCCCAAGCGAAUGUGAAUGCAGCAAUGCAGGCAGCUCAGCAAGCGACCGCUCAACUUAAAACGCUCACGGGAGCAGUACAAACUGCUCAGGCGAACGUGGGAAAUUCCGAACAGGCAGCACAAGGGGCCCAACAGGAGCUUUCCGAGAAGACGCAGUUGCUGGAGGCAGCUAAAAAUCGGGUAGAGCAACUUUUGAGACAACUCAGUUCAGCUCGAUCUGAUUACGCUAAUACCAAACAGGCGGCUUAUAAGGCAUCGGCAGCAGCGCAUGAGGCUAAGGUCAAUGCUGCAAGAAACAAAAGGAUGUUGAUGCGGAGGAGACGAUUCAAAAGUAAUCAAGGCUGAAAUGUUAUUCUAUUUUACAGAAGUUUUAUUUCAAAUAAAAAAAUCCUUAUUUAGUGA